AUGAAGAUGUUCUGCCGCACUGAUCAGAAGUGUAUCUGUUAUCUCUGCUCUGUGGAUGAACAUAAAGGCCACGACACAGUCUCAGCUGCAGCAGAAAGUAUGGAGAGGCAGUCACUGACAGUCACUGAUGUGGAUGUUUUACUGCCACAACCAGAACCAAAAAGCAGAGCUGGAUUCUUAAAAUAUUCAUAUGAAAUCACACUGGAUCCAAACACAGCACACACACAGCUGUUACUGUCAGAGGGAAACAGAAAGGUGACAAGAAUGAAUCAACAUCAGUCUUAUUCUAGUCAUCCAGACAGAUUUGCUGGAUGGUGUCAGGUUCUGAGUAGAGCGAGUCUGACUGGACGUUGUUACUGGGAGGUGGAAAUGAGAGGAAAAGUUUCUGUAGCAGUCUCAUACAAGAAUAUCAGCAGAGCAGGAGAUGAAAGUGGAUUUGGAUGUAAUGACAAAUCUUGGUCACUAUAUUGUUAUCAAAAUAAUUAUGAGUUUUUCUACAACACCAUCAGAACCUCCAUCUCAGGUCCUCGGUCCUCCAGAGUAGGAGUGUAUCUGGAUCACAGAGCAGGUAUUCUGUCCUUCUACAGCGUCUCUGAAACCAGGACUCUCCUCCACAGAGUCCAGACCACAUUCACUCAGCCGCUCUAUGCUGGACUUUGUGUUGGUUUUGGAUCCAGUGCUGAGUUGUGUGAAGUGAAGUAAAGUUAUUUUCUCUGCUUGUUGCUGAGACUUCAUUGUUGUGAUGUCUCUGCUCUGCUGUUCUGUUGUUUAUUUGACAUUUUUUUAUUUGCUGGUUUUUCCUGUUUGUUUCUUUUUGGAGGAAAUCACUGCUAAUGAUGAU